GCAUGUGGCGAUGAUGUGCAUGCAUGUCAACUAUUUUUGUUGUAUUUAAACCAAACACAAAAGGAGCUGCUGGAGGGUGAUGGAAAGCGAUUGGGAAUUGUGCGAUAUCCUAUCCUGGCCCUCCGUUGUUGAUAAAGCGCUCUGUAGCUGUAGACAUUCUUAUUGUUUGCACUGAACAUUAUUCUGGCUGGCUGAAAUUGGAUGUUCGAAUAUAUCUAGCUCUACUGAGAAAACAAUCAUCAUGGCUGGGAUUGCAAGUCGAGUUGCAGUUAUUACUGGUGCAGCCAGUGGUAUUGGGAAAGCCACGCUGAAUAUCCUGCUGGAUGAGGGCAUGCACAUUGCUGCCGUGGAUCGGAUCGGUGGCUCUCUGCUCGAGAUGAACAUGCCCAAAGACCGCUGCCUGGCAGUGGAGUGUGACGUCAGCAAGGCUGGUGAAGUAAAGAAGUUGGUGGAAGAGAUUUCACAAUGGCGUCCAGACUCCAGUGUAUCAGCUCUAAUUAACGCCGCCGGCAUUACACGUGAUAACUGGCUGCUGAAGAUGACUGAGGCGGAGUUUGAUGAAGUGAUCAACGUCAACUUGAAGGGAACCUUCCUAAUGUCGCAGGCGUUUGCGGAUGUCAUGCAGAAAGGCGGUGCAGGUGGCAGCAUCGUUAACUUAUCCAGCAUAUCUGGCAAGGUGGGCAAUUUGGGACAAUCAAACUAUGCCGCAAGUAAGGCUGGUGUUGUUGGCGUGACAAAGACUGCAGCAAAAGAACUUGCGAGGCAUGGUAUUCGGUGCAACGCAGUCAUGCCGGGAUUCAUUGAAACGCCGAUGACGAAGGGUGUACCUGACCAAGUCCUUGCCAAGAUCGUACCGCAAAUUCCAAUGAAGCGCAUGGGAUUGGCUGAGGAAGUGGCUCACUGCAUAGCGUUCCUGGCGUCUGAAAGAAGCUCCUACAUUACAGGAACCUGCAUUGAAGUGACUGGUGGGCUGUACAUGUGAAAAUGCGGGAGCUGCACUUGAGGAGAAGCAUAUAAUUGCAAGCUACACUGACAUCACUUGGUGCGCACAGCUUUGCUAUGUGCCUGGCAUCCUGCUCGAUAACCACAGGAUGUGCAUGAUAAUCCCUUCUUACAACAACAAAAUACUCUUUGACUUGCUUGUUCAUAAAACAGCUCACUGGUUGGGCUUGUCUAGAUCUUUUACAGUAACCGUAUUUGAAAUUUGUAACCCCUAGCAUUGUUUUCACCGUUAUCUUUCUUUCUUGGUUCCCUUGAGAAAUCUGCCCAUUUAUCUCCGCAAUAAAUUAUCAAUGAUUUAUAACAAUGUUGACAAGAGAACCCUUUGUUUUUCCUCUUCUCUUCUUUCAUGUACUUCAAAAUAGUGCCAGAACCUGUGUUGCUACAGUACACUCGUAGGCUUAGUUCUUCUCAACUGUCCUUGAUCUUAGUUGGCUGUCUCCGCAAUAAUUCUAAUGUAACAGACACACUGUCUGCUCCAGGCAGAAUGAGAUCAGUCUGGGUCUGUGUCGGUGUGACCCAAGAUAUCAUAAUA